CAUUCACUCGCUUCGCAAAGGGAACGUGCUGCGGGAGACGUUCGGAGUUGUUGAACGAAAGCCUAAGGGAUCGUGGAGAAUGUCUAAAAUAGAGCGUUUGAAUGCCCGUGUGUCUAAGCUCCUCACGGUGGCUGUGCAGGAGGUUUUGGAGGUGGUGAGAGAGACAGUAUCAGAGUACCAGGAGAAAACUGCUCGAACACAGAGAGAGAAUGAGAGACUCAGACGGAGGCUGCAGGAGCUGCAAGACAAGGUGACGAGAGGAAACACAGGUGCUGAGCAGCCUGUUGCUCCCCAUGUCCCUGCUAUGAAGAUUCCCACAGAGCAGCAGGAGUGGAGCUGCAGUCUGCAGCAGGACAUAGAGCUCACGCUGACUGAAGAGAAACAGGAGCUCACUGAGGAACACACAACCAGAGAGGGAGGCGAGGAUCGCGGUGGACUGGAGUUGGAUCACCCGGCAGAGUCAGAGAUUGACUGCGAUGUGCUGGUAUCAGGACACAGCACACUGGGAACUGGGGGUGUUUCUCCAAAGACUGAUGCAGCUCUGUCAAUGUUCACAUCUCACCCGGUGAUCAGUAACACUGAAAUGGACUCAAUUCAAACUGUGAACAUUUCCAACACACUCUCUCCAAAUUCUUCCAGUUUUGAAAUUCUUCCUAGUUUAGGUUCUGAUGAAAUUAAAACAGAGCCAGAAUCAUUGGAAUAUAAUACACAUCAGCAACACUCUUCUCAGAGCAAUUUUUAUGAAUGUGCAGACUCAAGUAGUAAUUUGGCACAAACUGAUCCUACUCAAGAGCUUGAACAGGUCGAUUCAGAAUCUUAUGGACUGGUGUACUUUCAUUCCAAUAAUAACACUUUUGGGGAGAGAUGUACCUUUGAGAAAGACAUUGGAUCAACGUUGGACAGUAGAAAACAUAAGCAAUACUAUAGGAAGGAGGAACAACACCGUUGCAUCCUGUGUGGAAAGACUUUCAGUAGGGUGGGAAAUCUCAGAAUACAUCAGCGAUGUCACACAGGAGAGAAACCCUACUGUUGCAUGCAGUGUGGGAGACGUUUCGGUCACUCUGGUAAUUUGAAAAAGCACAAAAGAGUUCACACAGGUGAAAGGCCAUACUGUUGUCAUCAGUGUGGCAAAACAUUUAGUCAGUCAAGUCACCUGAAAAAACACCAGAAAAUUCACAUUGUCACCAUCGAUACCUACAUGUAAUAUGAGGUGUAUAAGGGAGGUCAGGAGAAAGACUGUAAGGGCAACACUGAAUUGUAAAGGCAAAAAAAUUAUUGCAUUGGAAAGCUGCUAUAAAGGGUUUCAUGUUGUGUUGGGUGUGUUAAGUUUCGAAUAAUGGUUUGUUAUUCAAAUGUGUCAAAUGAGCUCAGGGCUUCAUACCACCAAACCUUGAAGGAGAAGUCCAGUCAGAAAAAUAAGUGAUGUAUGUUAUGUGGCUCAUAUUAACAUGCACGAUUGACUGUAUCAAACUUUGUUGUGUAAGCCUAGAAUGUGACCCCCUUCCUUCAGUCAGUGAUGCAAGCCAGCAUUUUUUUUUCAUUUGUAAAAAUCUGAUUUUUCCUCUCAGUUCUACUUUUCGUGAUAAUUUCACAAAUGGCAGUGAUUGUGUAGAGAAACGUCAUGUUAGUAUAUUAAGGUAUGGUUUGUACAUAUUGUUCUUUGAUUGAGCUGGACAACCAAAACAAAACUAGAAGUGAUGCUCACAGAUCCCUUCAAUGGAAGACUUGCUGAACUUGACUGACACUUUCCUUUCCUUUGAUUUUGUGGAGUUGAAGACAAGGGAAUGUGAAUCAUUUUAAUCGCAGAAACCCUUAUCCAGAGAAACAUACAUUAUCAGAAACAUGCAAUACCUAAACUGAAUAGGACACUUAUGCAGAGCCAUGUGCACAGUUGGGAUAAUAUUUAUUUGUGCCUUCAAAGUAGUUUGUCCAUGUAACAUCACUAUAAUUUAUUUCACAAAAAACUAACAUUUUCUCUGUUUAGAGGCCAGUAACAGCAUGUAUAUUAACCUGAAUUGUAUUGGGGUAAAUUAUUGUCAAUUUGUCUAGACUUUUUUGCAGACAGUUACAUUUUUUGGUAAUAUAAUACAGUUGCCAUUGAAUAUGAGGCACAC